AUGGACUAUCGUAAACAUGCAAUAUCAACAAUAAGAACCAAUCAACCACUACGACAACAACAAAAACAACAUUCAUCUGUAUACAAGUGUAUUUUCGAAUGUUGCGCAUCUUAUGAAACUGAAAAAGUGGUUCGUUUUGAAUCUAAAUGGAUAGGUAUAUUAUCAUUAAUUGUCAAAUUAUCUCUUGCUAUUGGUUGUUUAUAUUUAAUGUUUCAAAGAGAUUCUUAUCAAAUAUUCGAUCGUUCACCAAUAUCGGUUGUAACAAUUAAAGUAAAACAAUCAACAAACUGUUCAAAUAAUAUUUCAAUAAUACGUAAUAUUUUCAAUUAUAACUGUACGAAAUCUUUAUAUGAUGUAAGUGAUUUUAUAAUACCAGCCACAGAAAAUUCAGCCGUAUCAAUAACAAUACGAAUGAUCGAAACUGAACAUGUAUUAAAAUAUUGUAAUGAUACAAUAAUAAAAAAUACUCAACAAUAUUCAUCUUUAUAUAAUUUAUCAAUACAUAAAUGUUCUCAUCAAUCACGUUGUAUUUUACCACCUAUGUAUCGUUAUAAUGAUGAUGAUGAUGAUGAUAAUGAUGAAUAUGAAAAUAUAUUGAAUGAAGGAAAAUUAUGUUGGUUUAAAGUGCUUCCAACAUAUGAAAGAUUAAAUCAUCAAGCACUUGAUUAUAUUUUAUUUAUAAAACAUUUUGUUGAAUUUACACAAUUAGGUCUUGUUAGACAUAAUCUUGCAUCAGAUGUUAUAACUACUGAUUAUUUAAAUAGAUGUGAAUAUGAUCCAGAUAAAUAUCCAUUAUGUCCAAAAUUUCGAAUUUUAAAAAUUCUACAAAUGAUUGAAACAAAUCCACAUGAAUAUGAAUUAAUGUUUUUGCAUGGAUCAUUAAUUGAAAUUAGAAUUACUUGGAGAUGUAAUCUUGAUCGAGAGCUCAAAUAUUGUGAACCUGUUUAUGAAUUUCAACGUUUAGACAUUAGACCAUAUGAAGCAAAUCCUUAUGAUCCCGGUUCAAAUUUCCUUACAUCGCGACAUUUUUUUCUACCAAAUGGACGUGAAUUACAUCGUAUACAUACACAUAUAUAUAAAUUACAUAUUAUAGUUUCUGUUACUGGUGAAGCUGGAAGAUUUGAUUUAUUUCAAACUACAACAAGUAUUGGAUCAUUUCUUGGUAUAUUUGGUACAGGAUCAAUUGUUUGCGAUCUUAUUGCAACAUUUAUUACUAAUUUUAAAAGAGUAAAAUAUGAUAAUUAA